AUGACCGGAGUUGGAGAAACCCUAGAGGACCGUAUCAGUUCGUUGCCGGAUGAACUUCUGAUCAAAAUUCUGUCUUGUUCGGCGACAAAGGAUGCAUACACAACAUGUAUUCUCUCUAAAAGGUGGCUUUAUCUCUGGACUUCCAUUCGUAACUUCAGUUUUGCUAAUACAAAUUACCGAGAAAAUUUCACAUCUUUUGUUAACUAUAUAUUAUCUCGUUCUGUUUCUCCCAAAAUACAAAAAUUCGAACUCGACUACAGUUAUUGCGAUGUUGAAAGCCGCUGGCAAAUCACCGAAUGGCUUAAUUUUGCUGCUACUAGAAAAGUGGAACAUCUUCUACUCUGGUCUACUGAUUUAAUCACUUCCCCUUUCCCAUUGCCUCAAUCUUUCUGCGAAUGUUCGUCAUUGAUAACAUUAGCAGUAGUUUUGGGUCGUUUUAACUUUGAUGACACAGUCAUAGCCUGGAAGUCUUUAAAGAGCCUAAAAUUGGGGAAUUUUAUUAUAGAUGAUUACAAAAUUGCAAAAAUAUUGUCAGGCUGUCCUGUAUUGGAAGAUAUGGAAUUACAUGAUUUAGUUAUGCUUAAUGGUCCUCAUCGCUUGGAAUUUAUGUCUUCAAAGUUAAAGACACUGAAGCUGAAUGGUCAAUGGUUGAUUAAUGAUGGAAGUCUUCGUUGUGUGGAAAUUUUUGCCCCGUACAUUCAGCAUUUGGAAAUUUCAGGAGGUCUUUAUGAUCUCAAGUGUAUUCUCGUAGAUGUGUCUGCUGUGGUUACUGCGAAGCUUACUUUCAACAUUAUGUGUAUCAAAGACAUCAACGAUAAUUAUGGUCUACAUUUUGAUCCUGAGGAAAACAGUUGUAGUGGCUAUCAUCAAUUCUUUAGGUCCCUCGUCCACGGUUACCUUCUAACGUUCCGUAAUGUAAAGGAGUUAACCAUUGGAACUUGGUUAACAGAGGUCUGUUUUUAUCUCAGAGUACUUUUCCUUGGACAGUUGAGAAUUAACCUUUGUACAAAUUUCACAAACUCAACUGGAUGA